GGAGCGCGUCCAUCGCGCUGUGGCUGUAUGUGCGCCUAGACUGGCGCGCAACUGGUGGCGAGGUCUGCCCCCGGUUGCUUUCUUUCGUUCUUUCUUUCGCGGGCAAGGCGGUGCUUUCGGAAGAACCCCAAGGCCGAGCCGGCCAAGUUGCGAGCGACAAAGCUCGGGGGAGAAAGAGAAGGAGGGGCGCCGCUGCCGUGGCUGCCGCCGUCUCCAAGCAUGCAGGCGGCUCUCCAGUGGCUCUGGCGGCGGCAGGCAGAAGGCAGGCAGCGACAGCCGAGAAAGCGCGUCUGAGCGACCGGAGAGCUCCUCUCCACUCACAAGGAUGCUGGGGGGCGAUGCCUGGCGGCAGGGAGGACGAGAUUUGCCAGAAAGCGCUGCAGCUGCUGGCCGAGCUCUGCUCCGCCGGGGCCGUCGAGAACGACCGAUGCCUGGAGUUCAACUACUAUCUGCGGGACAGCGCCAGACCCCGACUCACAGACUCCGAUAUCUCCGUGAGCUUACUGUCAUUAGUUGUCACUGCCUGUGGACUUGCUUUGUUUGGGGUAUCUCUGUUUGUGUCCUGGAAGCUUUGCUGGGUUCCUUGGCGAGAACGCGGUCUGCCUGGAAACAAAGACAAACAGGAGUCACUGAACUAUACAGAUACAGAUACCAAUGACCAUGAGUAUAGUGAGGAUUACCUGGGACAGCCUACUUCAUACCCAGACUCUUCUAUGAAGAUUAGCCACACCUCCCCAGACAUUCCAUUGGAUGCAAAGACAGGGACUAAGGAGAACUGUGUGCACAAUGUUCGAAUGCAUCGGCAAAUCACAGAACCAACCCCUUCUGCUCGGCACAACUCAAUCCGAAGGCAACUCAACCUCUCAAACCCAGACUUCAAUAUCCAGCAGAUCCAAAAGCAGGAGCAGCUGACUGGGAUUGGACGUAUCAAGCCAGAGCUGUAUAAGCAGAGAUCGGUUGACACAGAUGAUGGGCGGAGAAAUAAUAGCAAGUCUUGUGGGAAACUCAACUUUAUUCUGAAAUACGAUUGUGAUUUAGAACAACUGAUGGUAAAAAUCCACAAAGCUGUCAAUCUGCCAGCAAAAGACUUUUCUGGGACUUCAGACCCAUAUGUCAAGAUCUAUUUACUUCCUGAUAGGAAAACAAAACACCAGACUAAAGUGCAUAGAAAGACCCUGAACCCAGUCUUUGAUGAAGUUUUUUUAUUUCCUGUUCCUUACAAUGAUUUAAGCACAAGGAAACUUCACUUCUCUGUGUAUGACUUUGAUCGGUUUUCCAGGCACGAUUUGAUUGGCCAAGUGAUCGUAGAUAAUUUUUUAGAGUUGACUGACUUUCCUAGGGAGUGUAAUAUUUGGAAAGAUAUUGAAUACGUCACCAAUGAUAAGGUGGAUCUUGGCGAGUUGAUGUUUUCUCUCUGCUAUCUUCCAACAGCUGGUAGAUUAACCAUUACUAUAAUAAAAGCUAGAAAUUUAAAAGCAAUGGAUAUAACAGGAGCAUCAGAUCCAUAUGUGAAGGUUUCGCUAAUGUGUGAAGGAAGACGACUGAAGAAGAGAAAGACUUCCACCAAGAGAAACACCCUCAAUCCUGUUUACAAUGAAGCCAUAAUAUUUGAUGUCCCUCCAGAGAGCAUUGAUCAAAUUAAUUUAUCAAUAGCUGUUAUGGAUUAUGACCGUGUAGGUCACAAUGAGGUCAUUGGAGUGUGCCAAGUAGGCAACAAUGCUGAAAGCCUUGGUAGAGACCACUGGAAUGAAAUGCUCUCAUAUCCACGGAAACCCAUAGCCCACUGGCACCCACUUGCAGAGGGCCCUAUUCCGCAGAAAUGUUAUGCAGGCCUUCUGCGCAUGGAUGGCUGCCGAAGAGGCUUCCUCACACUUUUAACCUAUUCAGCAGAAAUUUGGCAUUCCUGUUGAACCCUUUCGUAGCCAUUUUCUCAGGGGCCAUUCCGCAGAGAGUCCAAAGGGGUAAAGACAUACCUCCAAUCCCACUAUUUAAUCCUCCCCUCCUUGCUCAGUCCUAGAGUAUAUUGAUCCCACACCAUAAGACAAAAACUCUUUCUGUUAAAUAUAGGUGUACUUUUCUUUCUGUAUAUUUCUAUAGUUUAAUGUAGUUACCCAUUUCUAUCAGUAACACCCAUAUUGUCAUCCAUUCCCCCUUAAAUUAAUUGCACUGCUAGCCAUAUUGUCUAAAAUCAGGUAAAAAUCCAUAUCCAUACAUAUUUUUGACAUCAUGGGAAAGAAUGUUAUUUUUAUUAUGAUAACUGUUAUCAUUUAUGGGGAGAAAAGAGUUGCCAUGUUUUAUAUUCCUGACUUCACCACCCACUAGUCUGGCCAACUUACAUUUAAUAGGCAAUUAUUUAUACUCAUCAUGUAUGAAAUAGAAUGUAUCAGUAAAUAAAAGUUUAAGUAGAUUUUAUGUAUAUGUCAUCUCCUCCAGUCAUAACUAAAAACUACUAGAAAAUUCAUGCAGCAUUGGGAGCAGUAUUAGUUUAGUGUACCUUGACAACCAUGCUGGAACCCUUGCAAUAAGAUGAGAACUUCCAGUCAGAGGCGUAUCAGGAGGAAAUGGUGCCCGGAUCCAAUUCCUUCUCCGGAUGCCCCCCCCAUGUCCCUAUAGGCCGUACACCUCUGCUUCCAGCCAACCCCACCACAGAAUUUAAGCAUUAUCUUUUCUUUUAACAAAAGGUUGUGAAAUGCUAUGUAGAUUAUAGAAGUUGGAAACAAUCUGAACACAAUUGAGAAUGCAAAUUUAAGAGUGAGGCUCAAAGUAGGUAAAGUGAUACCACUUUAGACCUAAUCCAUGAAAUACAUGAGCAGUUGAACAGCAUUUGGUGAGCAAGACUGUAAAACUUAGUCUUCAACAGGUUUUGUUCAGAAUGAAUGCAAAUUAAAAUAGGCUUGUGUUCUGACAGGCUUGUUGGAUGUGUUGGCUGAUAAUAUUUAUCCAGGCUUUUGAUAUUUGGAUUACAGUUUGUUGUCCUAAUUCAAAUGAUUGCAUUUGCAGCAUUUUUUGCACAUGAAUACUUUGGGCCAGGCCAACCAAACUGUAGUCCAAUUAGCUAAUCCUGCAGAGGGGGUUCUAGCAAAGCAGCAAUUUCUCAUCUGAAAAAUUAACCAAUUUCCUUAAGUAUUUUUGACAUGGUAGGUGAAAAUGUGUUCUAAAUCAAAAUGUAGAAUUACUUUCAGCUUCCUAAUGAAAGAAAUGGGGACCAAUAACCAUGUGCCUAUUGUAUUUAACACUGCGGGAUUAAAUUCUCUUCCCCAUCAGAUUCUGAAAAACCAGGGUCACCUCAAUUUUCUUCUGAAUCAUUGCAUCACUAUGCAUAUAAGCAAGGCAAGGGCAAUCAGUACUUUUGAAAUGCAUAAUAAUUCUGCUGUUGGAAGUGUUUCUCAUUAUUAAAAUAUUUUAGGUUAAAUAUUGCUGUUCAGUUUUUAAUUUGACAUUAACUUUUCAAUUAAAUAUUCCAAGUUUGUACAAUGAAUUACCUCUUGUCUGUUGUGGUACAUGUUACGAAUCAGCAUCUGUUGCAAAUGGUUAGUUUUUAGGUGUCCUGCACAGUGGUGGAAAAGAACCUGAAACUGGGGACUUUGGAACACAUGUACGCAUGCACAUACGCAUGCACAUGCAGACACAUAUUAAUCUAUUUUGGACACAAAUCAAACCCCUCUGGUCUAUGGACUGAUCUAAAAUGGGAUACAAAGAAGCUUAGCAACUAGAUUUCUGGAUUCUCUUGUACAAUGCUUAUAAAAGUAUCCAGAUUGAUAUCCUACUUUUACUGAGAUCCCACUUCACCCUCCACCCUCACAUUGCCCCUAUCUGGUCAUUUCAGUAAAGGAGGGCCACAGCAGGGAGGAUGUGCAAUAAGUGUGAAGAGGCCUUAAGGCUAAUUGUGCUCCUCAUAGCAUAACUGGGAUUGCCUUGUCAAGCAGAUGUUCUCCCUGUUAGCCAGUUUCUGCAUGUCUGUUCUAAUGAGACAAGUUUAAAUCCACAGCCUAUUAAUAAUACACCACUGUAAUAGUUUAGAACAAUUAACCAGUGAGACUUAAAAUGAUUUUUCAUAUAGCUUUUCCUGCCAUGUUUUUAUGAAAAGAGAAGAAAACAAUGGGCAUUAAAAAGAAAAAAAAAGCAGAGUGAUGCUGGUGGAAUAAAAUAACUAUGCAAUUGGUUCUUUUUAUGGCAGGCUAUAUGAAAACCUAAAAUUAUAAAGGGGUAAAAGUUCAUGCAUUAUCACAUUAAAACAAAAGGUAUAGAAUCAUAAACAAGUCACUUUCACAAAGGCAUACAGGGGAAAAUAAUUAAUGCAGCAUAAUCAUAAUAAUUAAUGCAGCAUAAUCAUACUUCCCAAGUGCCCUUUUUGAGGGACAUCUCAUGCAUGAUUUUUCAAGCUUUCCUGUCUUUCCGCCUUCAUAUUGCUGCUACCAGUCAAACUCCAGUGUGAGAAGCGCUUUAGAGAGUUAUAGUCAUUGCUCUUUGCAGAAAUCUUUUGCAGAACAUUUCACUGUGUAAGCACCCAUGGUACAUAUUGUUGCCUUGAAUGUGAACAGUUUAAUUAAUAAAGUACAUAACACAAUACGGAUUCUUCACUAAACUAGCACAGGAUAUGACUGUGAUGCCUUACCUAGUAUUUUGCAUGAAAUAUAGUCUCUUAUCUUUUUCAGAUAAAAAUUCAACACCAAAUGUGGCUCUUCAAAAAUUGAUCCUAUGACUAAAAUUGCAAUAUGUUAUUGGAAUUCAUUGUCCUAUUCUAAUAUGCUGAAAUCCCUUAUAGUGUGAUCCCAUGGCUGCAGCCAUGUGGAAGAAAGAACAUAUUAGCUGACGCAGCUUUCCAGAAGCAAUUAACAUGAGCUCAGGGGCACAUUUUUAUGUCCAAAUCAUUUGGGAAAAUCUGCGUAAUCGUAUUGGCUCAAUACAGUUAUGGGAUUACUUCAUAUGGGGCGUAAUUUACGCUGGUCCUCCAUCAGCAUAAGUGCCUUGGGAAAGGCAAACACAUUGAUGCAAACCUGCGCCACUCCCUCACACACACACACACCCCGCCCAUAGGACUGCUAAUGUAGGUUUUUUUAGAUAAAUAUUGUAGUUUCUUUUUGGUCACACACUUUUCCCAGUUUUUAUUAGAUUGCUAGAACAAGUAUUUGGAGUUAUUUUCUCACAACAUUCAUAGUAUUGUCUUACUCUUUCAGUCAUGUUAGAACAAUUAGAAAAUAAGACUCCAAUUUGUCCCUGCAUAAAUAUUUUUGUUAUCUGGGGUUUUGAUUGUUUUAUCUGAUUGAUUUAGAAGCAUUUUGUAUUUUUACUUAUAAGUUUGGCAUUAUUUUAAGAGGGUUUUUUUGGUAUUUGCAUGAACAAGGUUGCCAGAGUAACUAAUGAGCAGAAGCAGGUAGUAUUUCAAGUUAAAUCAGCUCCUAUAAGCCAGAAUAGUAAUAAUUAUCCAGAAUCAUAUAUCUGUUGGUUCAAGCAGAACCCAAAUCAAAGAGCUGAUGAUCAGUCAACACUCAAAAUGCAAAUAUCUGUUCCAACAGAAAUGGAUGCUGAUACUAAAAGUAUGCCACUCUUUCUUAGUAUUUAAGAUACCAUAUCUUUGGUUUGCCAAAAUAGAGAGUUAAUUUUUUUUAAAAAAUCCAGAAUGCAUUAUUAAAGCUUUUGAAUAAUUACCAUAGUUUUCACAAAGGACACCUUUCACACAUGCAGUUAGCUUUUGUGCAUCUUCUAUGUAUCCCGCCCCUCCCCCCCGCCCUUCUCCUGGCAGCCCUUUCUGACCCAGGGCAAUGGGACCCAUAUGGAUCACUGGGCCACAUGAGAUCUAACCCAUGAAAUGCCACUACUAUAUAUGAAGUGCAAAGCAUGCUUUUAUCAUCUCUGUCCUUGCCACAUUUCAAUUCACUGGUGUUUGGCCUUCAUCAGUGGAGAAUGAUCUUAUUUCUUGUGCAUGCUUCUUGCUUGCACAACUGUGAAUCAUUUUUAAAAUAAAAAUGCUGGUUAAUAGUGCAGUUACAGCUUUUCACAUCUGUAAAUAGACCUGAAAUGAGUGUUUUCCAAUCCAAAUUCUCCACAAUCAGGAGCUGAGACUGGGACUGAGAAUUUGAUGCAUAGUCAUAAGUGGGUUUUGAAUGGAAAGAGGAGUAGACAAUGACCAGAUGGAGAGAGACAUUUGUUUACACUAUUUGUACAAAGGUUAAUAACAAAUAAUAAGAUGGUAACCUUCAUAUAAGAGAUCAGAAGCUGACUAGCCUGUGAGGGACACUCUGUAACAGUGUGCAGGAUCUGAUAUAGAUUGUGCCAGAUUUUUAUGCUACUUCUGAAUCUCGAUUGUUUUUAAAUGCCUUAAUGCACAUAUAAACAAAGGGCGCAGCUAGGUUAGCUGCUGAAGACCUGAAGUCUCCCAUUUCUUUGUAUGUCUCUGAAUAGUAUUGUGAGGAAUAACAAUUUAUAUCAUGGUGGGCUAGUGAUUUGCCAUUUUCCCCUGCACCCUUUUCUCAGUGUCAGUUGGCUUUCUGGUGGAGCUGUUUCAACUGGUAGAGGAAACAUAGAUUUUCCCCAUAUAUCUUCCAUAAAAGGACACCACCAAAUGGCUAAUUUACAUCAAAAAAGGAAAAAGGAAACAAAAAAAGGAAUACUAACACAUGCAGAAUACUAACACAUGCACAUGCAGUGUUAGUAUUCCAAUCCAAAUCCCUCUCCUAUCUAAAGACAUUUAAAGAAAUGGAAGAUCCAAUAAUAGAUCUCCAACAUCCUGCUUAAGUAUCCCCUGAAAAUUAAAUUUUCAAAAGGGUCAUAUAUUUCCUUACAGUCAACUCAUGUUAACAGUUGCUUUUGUAUAAGUAAUAUGUAUCUAAGGUUAGAUGUAACCCCAUAACAUACUUCCAACUUGACUGACAACCUGGAUAAAUCACAGAUUUUCCUAGGAGCUACAAAGCAGCACAAAGAGAGAAAAAGGUCACCGGUACAGCUGUAACUUAAGGAUCACUAGCGUACAAACAGGCCUCUAUGAGACUUGUUCCAACAGUUCCAACAGUUAAAAUUUCUAUAAGUUCAUCUCAGUCAAUUUCCAUAUUCAUUUUGUUUAAUUUUGGCAUUAACUACCAAGAGAUGGAAGGUAAUAGAAUUUAACCUCAUCACUUCUGUUUUCUAUUUGUCAUGAACAUAAAAAGCACAUUACAUGAUUCAUUUAAAACAGAGAACCAUACUGUCAUUGGAAGGCCCCAGUUAAAAGUUCCUGAAGGUUUGAUUGGCACUUGUCAGAAGUAUAAGAAAAUCAGUAUUGGGGCAGGCAGGUGAGGGGGGGGGAGCAUCAUCUACUGUUGCUGGAAAUCAAUUUAGCCUAAAGCAAUCAGUUAAUCGAGUACUCAUUUUGAAGCUACUUUUUUUUCAGCAUGUUUCUGUUCAGGAUGUGUUAAAAGUACAAUGUUGUUAUUUGAAUGUAGCCAACGUAUUGAGGAAAGGAGAAAAGUUAAAUGUUGACAUUGCUUAGAUUUGGACAAAACAGGAUGGAAUGUUCUGAAUUAUCAGUGUUUCUUUCUGUGAAAAGCAAUGUAUCACAAUGACUGUACCACAAGGAAAAAAAUUGGAAAAUAAUGACUCCAGUAUAAGGAAAAAAAUUCUGUCAUACAGUCAUUUUUAUAAAAUAGCUUGUUCUUUGAAAAGCCACAACAGUGUAGUGUUUUUACACAAAGGAGAGCACUAAUGUCUGUUUCACUUUGGUUCCUGCUAUCAUAAAUGGCUGGUGUGUUCUUCAUUAUUGUGCUUUGUAAAGUAAAAAAAAAAAGUUAAAUAAGUUAUACCCAAAUGGAAUGCAAUAUAAAUGGAACUGUGCAUUCCAUGAAGUAUAUCUACAAGCAUUACAUUAAAAGGUGAUUUCUAAUACAGUGGGUUGGGCAAGGAACUACGACUGGAAGCACGCCAGGGUCCUGCAAUUCUCUCAAAGGGCCUCCAUCUCCAUGAAGCAAAAUGAACUGUUUAAAUCCAAAUGACUGUGUUGAGACCACACUCAGGAAGGAUAAGAACAUGGAUACUCACCUCAGCUGCUAAAUAAGCUAUCAAAUCUGAUACAGAUAUGGCACAUAUAGAAGAAGGACUCUGGGUUCUUUUAUCAGUUUGCUUUCCAUAUUGUCCUGUUUCUGUUUUCUUUUGGCUAAUAACAAGCAAACACAGACCAUUUAUCAAAUGAUAAUGUGUGUAUGCAGCCACGUGGUAAGGCUUCUUUACUAAUUAGGUGAUAAAGAGAAUUUCACUACCAUUCCUUACCUGAGCGUCUAUCUCAAGAAGAAGAAGGGAGUAGUAUAAUCCUCCUGAUUACUUGGUGCAGCAAUACAACCAAGUGGUUACAAGCACACAGUGGUAAGUUACCAUUUGAUAAGAGGUCAUGUGUGUUCAUUGUGUUGGCUAUGGUGUUUGACCAUAGUCAUCUCUCAGAUUGGAAUGUUUUGUUUAGCUGCAUGCUGGACAGUCACAGUCUUUUAAUUUUUUUCUUUACUAUUCAUCACAAAAGUAAAUAAAAGCCUGUGUUUAUUCAGAUAUCUUUGUUUUUAUAACACAUAAACAUUGUGUUAUACUUUAAUAUUUGUUGUUCAAUGAAUAGUCCUGGUACAUCUAUGUUCAAUGUCUAAUUUUGGAGCAUUAAGCCACAUCUUUGUCAGGGUUUUGUCAGUUUGGUGGAUGUUUUUAUCUUUGUUCAAUAGAGAUAAUGCAUGAUCCAUUUGCAGUAACAGUUUGAGAACUGAAAUAAACUUACAAUUCUUAAUUUUUUAAAAAGAUUAUAACAUUCUUAUAAACAUAAGUUAAAUGUACUGUGAUUUUAUUUAUAUAGAUCUAGUCUGUACAAGCAAUUUUGUUCUUAAUAAAAUAAUGUAAGAAAUUG